AUGACAGAGGGCAACGUGGGUAAAAGAGACAUGCAACACCCAGCCCUGCACUACAACCACCUCUUCCUGGGCGGGGCAUUGCUGCUUCUCCUGGCCAGCUCAGCUCUGAGCUGCCCCGCCCGAUGUGAGUGCUCUGCCCAGAGCAAGUCGGUGAGUUGCCACCGCAAGCGCCUGCCCACCAUCCCUGAAGGCAUCCCCAUUGAGACACGCGUCCUGGAUCUCAGCAAGAACAAGCUACGCAUCAUCACACCAGACAACUUCUCUUCAUUCCAACAGCUAGAGGACCUGGAUCUCAGCGACAACCUCAUCAGUGUGGUCGAGCCUGGCUCAUUUCGUUCUCAGCUUGCUCUCCGCUCGCUAAACUUCCGCAGUAACUUGCUCCAGCUGGUUCCUGCAGGUGUCCUGUCAGGCCUGACCAACCUCUCCCGCCUUGACCUCAGCCACAACCGACUGGUUGUUCUUCUGGAUCAUGCCUUCCAAGAUCUGCGCAGGUUGACAUUUCUAGAAGUAGGUGACAACGAAUUGGUUUUUGUCUCCCAGCGGGCCUUCACAGGAUUACUUGGGCUCCAGAGUCUGACACUGGAACGUUCUAAUCUGACCGUGGUUCCUACUGAUGCUCUGGCACAUCUGCACAGCCUGGUUGAACUGCACAUGCGCUAUUUGAGCAUUAGUUUUCUUAAGCCUUUUUCCUUUAAGAGGCUGUCACGUCUCCGCCGACUAGAGAUUGAUUACUGGCCCUGGCUGGACACACUGCCUCCCCUCUCACUGCAUGGCCUCAACCUCACAACAUUGUUCAUAACCAACACUAACCUGUCUGCCUUCCCCGGCGCAGCAUUGCGCAACCUGCCCUACCUCACACAUCUCAACUUGUCCUACUGCCGCAUCCAGCACAUCCAUCAAGGAGAGCUAGGCCAACUCCCAUAUCUGAUGGAGCUCCGUCUCCAAGGGGCUCAUCUGAUUUCUAUUGAACCAUUUGCAUUUUUGGGCCUCAAAUCUUUGCAACUACUAGAUGUGUCACAGAACCGACUGGACUCCCUGGAGAGGGGAGUAUUCGCCUCACCAGACAGCCUCCAGAGGCUUUGUCUGGGUGGAAAUCCAUUAGUGUGCGACUGCAGAUUGCUCUGGUUGCUGAAUAGCCACAAGCCCCCAUCCCUGCAGAUUCUGGAUGUCCAGCCUGAGUGCAGCGCUCCUGAGCACCUCAUGGGAAAAACUAUCCGUGACCUCAAGGAACCUCUGGUCUCCAGGUACAUGACCUGCACCAAGCCACGGAUUGGACCCAACACAACACAGCUGCUGAUGGCUGAUGAGGGUCAGCCUGCCCGUCUGAGCUGUAUGGCAGAGGGAGCACCUCGACCCACAGUGGUCUGGAUUACACCGCACAGACGCUACAUCACAGCCAAGAGCAGUGGUAGGGUGGAAGUCCAACCAGAUGGUUCCCUGGAGAUCAAGGCAGCAGAGCUGCAUGACAGUGGGGUGUACUUAUGUAUUGCCAGUAACCCUGCUGGCAAUGCUAGCCUGUCAGCCUCUUUAGCAGUGAAGAGCCUGGGCAUAGGGGACAGAUCUCACUAUAUCAACAGGAGCUCAAACUAUCUCUCAGAUUCUAACAGCACUUGGGGGAAUGGGACAGUAUUGUACAACAUGACAGUCCCCAUAGACAUAAAGACUAUCAUUAUAUCUACAGCCAUGGGCUGCCUGUCCUUCCUAGGUGUGGUCAUCUUCUGCUUCCUGCUUCUGUUUGCCUGGAGUCGAGGGAAAGGACGCCAUAAGAGCAACUUUGAUAUUGAGUAUGUCCCACGCAAAUCCAACGGGGCAGCAGCUGAAGCGUCAGAAACAAGUGGCCCCCGACGGGUCAAUAUGAAAAUGAUUUGA